AUGCAGGUCGGUAGGAUGAAGUGUGGAUGUGCUGCUGAAGUGUCGUCAAGCGCGGCGCUCCGAGACCCAAAGGAGAAUGAAGUCCAGAAGACGCCUCUCGCAUACCAAGGCACCUUGUCCGGCUACACAAGCUCCGGAGUAGUCGUGUGGGGCCUGGGCGUCCUCGUGCGCGCGGGGGUGGGGUGGGCAUACAUAAAAGAUGCUGCUGCCAUCAAUACCAUCAUUGCCAUCACCGGGACGCACCGCGAUGGCUUUGGAGGGGAGGUCUGGCUGUCGUGUGAGCUAUCUCGCCUCGCCUCGCCAGCUCCCGACAUUAAGCAUCAUUUUAAGCCUCUCCAUCCAGACGUUGAGAUUGCGUGGGGGAGCCACCGGCAUCAUGCGACGAUCUUUCUGGGGUUGUUGUCGACUUUGGCUGAGCUGACAAGAGAGCGCCGCAGCCACAUCGAAGCAGGCCGAGGCUCUCUGCUGGCAUUGCUGCUGGAGAGACGGGCGGAGGAGAAACAGGAAUGCUUGGAGGAGAAACUGUCACUCUCGGUGGCUUCCGUUAGCUCUGAAGAUGGUAUGGCCAAUCAGACUUGCAUCCAGCAGCGCGAUCGGGACUACAUGUUCGUGUGCUCGGCAGCUCGCCUUUUCAUCGCGACCCCUUGUACCUGCUCAAAUCGCUUAACCCCAUACCAAGUCCAGCAGAAGGAGGACUCCCUUUGCGGCUUGAAAUUCAGGUCGUUGAAGCGCGCCACGGCGUCCUGUACCCACAUAGCUGAUGGAAUGGGUAGGCGAGCCCUUUCAGCCCAAAAUAAUUGCCUCUCCGGGACCACACAGCCGUUUGGAACGCCAAAAGAUACUUUACAGCUCAUGCAAAGCACGCAGAAAUAUCAAGCAGUCGCCGGAAACCAUGACAUGCAGCAGCACAGCCCAGCACGAGACUCAAAAUCAGCCUUCUCGCAGUCCUGCAGCGCUACCCUUCUUCCGUCACCCUCCCUGUCGCGACCUGAAAGAAGUCAAGGCAGCGCGAGGAAGUGGGCCCUCUUCAAUAACCUUGGCUUGGCCAUCCAAGCCAGAGUGGGAGAUGUCCAGCAGUUCGAAGAGAUGGUGGUGUUCCAGGUAUGUUAUGCUCCAGCGCCAGGAAAUGCAGACCAAAUGUAUCGCAUCAUGGCGCGACUGUCGUUAUAAUCAAGAGUGCUGUUCACCACAAGGAAGGAGAUCAUCCAUCCAACUUCAUAUCGACGUCCUCGAAUUCCUCGCUGCUGUCCAUCUCAUCACCCGUACCGUCAUCUGUCUCUUCCAUCUUGACCGGCGCAAGUUCCUCCUUCACCUCUGCCACACUACCCAAGUCUUCUCUGAGCAUUCUCUCG